AUGGUUGAGUUCAAAGGUCGCAGCGAGCCCAUCUUCGUUGUUACCGUGGUCUUCCUCGGACUUUCCUUCAUUUCCGUCUGCUUACGAUGUUUCGUGAGACUGCGACUGGUGCGCGCAUUCGGAUGGGACGAUGCAUUGAUGGUUCUAGCCAUGGCGCUGGAGAUUCUAUUUGCCUUAUGUGGUAUCACCGGGUCAGUGUAUGGCAUGGGCCAAAAACUCGAGUGGCUUGACCAAGACACGUUAGAAACCGCCUUGUUUUGGUGGUGGUUAGGUCAAACAAGCUAUGUCGUGACGGUAGUUGUUGCCAAGGUCUCUAUUGCAUUGACUCUCUUCCGGCUUACCGUCUCACGGAUACACAAGAUGCUCUUGUGGUUUGUCAUUGCCAUCUCGAUUGUCGUGGGCCUGGUGUUCUGGUUCAUGUUGACUCUAGAAUGCCAACCGGUUUCCUACUUUUGGCGACGUUUUCAUUCCACUGGGACCUGCAUCUCUAUCGACUACCUCAUCGAUAUCGCCUACCUGUAUAGUGUAACAGCCAUGGUCUGCGACUUGAUUCUGGGCUUGUUACCUGCUUUUUUAGUCUGGAACUUGCAAAUGAGUACAAGAACUAAGGCUGCGCUAGCAGGGAUUUUGAGCAUGGGUUGCGUAGCCAGCGCAGCUGUGAUUGUACGCAUACCUUUUCUGCCUACUUACAACGACAAGGAGUUCCUCUACGCUACAGCGCAGAUCUCGAUCUGGUCCAAUGUCGAGGCUGGCCUUGGCAUCACGGCAGGGUGUCUUGUAACCCUGCGUCCUCUCUUUCGCUGGCUUGGUGACGCCAGCUAUGGCGCCACACGUAGCAAGAAAACAGGGGGUAGCAUACCUCUUUCGAGCUCGAUCGGCCAUGCAACCCACCCCUCACAGAGCAACGCGACGAAAUACUGGCGGCCGGAUCUCGAUCCGGAAGAAUCUCAGGGCGUGGUCACGACUAUACAAACCUCGGCUGGGAGCCCGCACAGUAGUCAGGAGGACCUCAACCCGAAGCCUAAGCGCAUGAAUGGGGUCAAUAUACACAAGUCUUUUGUGGUGACUUCAGACAUUGUAUAG